AGAAAGAAAAGAAGCGUCGCCAGGCUGUGCUGUGGAACUUUAAGUAUUAUUGCAAUUGGAAUUUUGACUGGAAUUACACACAAGUCUGAUAAUGGCCAGUUACAAAGCUGUAUUUCGAGGUGUGGACUUGCAGUGCAAAGUGAAUAACCGUGCUCACCACACAGAAGAAAUAGGCACAGAGCGGCUGAUUGUGCGUCGAGGACAGCCCUUUUCUCUGCUCCUGCGCUGUACAGAUUCCCCUCCACUGCCUCCAAACCACCAGCUCACUCUGGUCCUCAACCUUGGUGCACAAGGGGAGAUGAUUGUGAGGGUAUCAGGUUCGAGAGUAGCUUAUGGGAAAUGGUGGUUUAGUCAGCAGACUGCUCAAAGUGAGGUGCUGCUGAGGGUCUAUAGCCCUGCCGAUGCGCCUGUGGGUCAGUACAGCGUUACCGUGCUCUUGCUCUCUUCUGAGGGACACGUCCUAGAGCAGAGCUCAUCUUAUUCCUUUUGCAUGCUCUUCAAUCCCUGGAAUAAAGGGGACUCUGUGUAUUUCCCUGAAGAACAGCUUCUGUCGGAGUACGUCCUAAAUGAGAAUGGUAUUCUGCACCAGGGCACAUGGGACCAAAUGACCAUUCUCCCCUGGAACUUUGGACAGUUUGAAAAAGGUGUGAUGGAUAUCUGCUUUGAGAUACUGGAUAACUCUCCUGCUGCCUUGAAAAACUCUGAGAUGGAUAUUACUAGAAGAGCAGACCCUGUUUAUGUUAGUAGGACAAUCACUGCAAUGGUAAAUGCAAAUGAUGACCGUGGAGUGAUAUCUGGGCGCUGGGAUGGUGAUUACAGUGAUGGUGUGACCCCUACACGGUGGACUGGAAGUGUUCCCAUCCUGAGACGCUGGAGUGAGGGAGGGGCUCAGCAGGUGCGCUAUGGCCAGUGUUGGGUUUUCUCCGCUGUUGCUUGCACAAUUCUUCGCUGUUUGGGCAUUCCAACUCGAUGUGUUACAAAUUACAGCUCAGCCCAUGACACUAAUGGUAACAUCAACGUGGACUGCCUGUAUAAUGAGAAGCUGGAGAGUGUAUCCGAGCGCAGGAAUGACUCGAUCUGGAAUUUCCAUUGUUGGGUAGAAUCCUGGAUGAGCAGAGAGGAUCUCCCAAAAGGUUAUGAUGGAUGGCAAGUACUUGACCCAACUCCACAGGAAAAGAGUGAUGGUGUAUACUGUUGUGGGCCAUGUCCAGUGAAGGCAGUGAGAGAGGGUGAGGUGGGGAUUAAAUACGAUGCACCGUUUGUCUUUUCGGAGGUGAACGCCGAUAUGGUCUACUGGAUUAUUCAUUCUGACGGGGAGAGAAGACGAGCAUUUGUAAACCACACAACUGUUGGAAGAAAUAUUAGCACCAAAAGUGUGUAUGGAGACUACAGAGAGGACAUCACUGCGAACUAUAAAUAUCCAGAAGGUUCCAUCAUGGAGCGUAAGGUCUAUGAGAAGGUAGGGAAACACGUAAUGAGACAAAAUGGACAGACUGGCAAGCUGGAGAUGUCUAUCAAGCAUGCUCAGGCCAUUCAUGGGACAGAUUUCGAUGUAAUUGUGGAGGUGAAUAAUGUUGGAGGAGAAGACAUGCCUGCUCAGCUCACCGUCACAUCAAAUGCGGUCACAUACAACAGUCUUCAUCGGGGAGAGUGUCAAAGAAAGACUACCAAACUCCUAGUGCCAGCACAGAAAGCUCAUAAAGAAGUGAUGAGGCUACGGUACGAUCACUAUGGAGCAUGUGUAUCAGAGCAUCACUUGAUCAGAGUCACAGCACUUCUCCAAACCACAGGCGAGCAAAAUACCAUUCUGCAUGAGGUCAACAUCCCCUUAAAAAUGCCCAUGCUCCAUAUAAAGAUGAUUGGAGAGGCAAUGGUAUCACACAAGCUGACAGCACGCAUCUCCUUCACAAACCCACUGCCUAUUACUUUGACAAGAGGGGUAUUUACAGUGGAGGGAGCGGGGCUAACAGCAGCACAGGAGAUCCAGGCUCCUGGUGAUAUUGGACCUGGCCAGGAGGUUGUAGUGAAAUUCUCCUUUAAACCCAUUCGAGCUGGACUGAGGAAGCUGCUGGUUGACUUUGACUCAGAUAGACUGAGAGACGUCAAGGGUGAAGCAACUGUAAUUGUUCAGAAGAAAAGAUAUGUCAAUGCUUAAACAACCAAGACAAACGGUUUAGUACAAUAUAGUUUAAGCAUAAAAUGAUAGCAACAGCUUUAAGAUAUGUUACGCUUACUUAUUAAUAUUAUAAUAUCUGCAUUUAUCAGGUUUUUAUUCCUUAAGCAUACUUGUAGUGUAUCAUAUUUAAUAAAAUCUUAAAUUAUAUUUGUUUUUGUAUAAAGCACAAGCAGUCUGUGGAGAUCUUAGUUUUAAGCUUAAACAGUAUGUAAGUAUCAUAUUAUAUUUUUAAAAGCAUAUUUUGCACUAUUUGUGUAAUUAAUAUUACUCAAUAACAUUUAUCACACACACACACACACACACACACACACAUAUUAUAAGGAUAUAAGAAAUACUCUGAACACAAUACAGUCAUUUGAAUUCUUUUUCUAUUGCAUUUUGCAUGAGUCUUAACAGUCCAUGAGCUCUGAUGAUUUCUGCACACCAACAAAUACACAUAUUAAGACUGCAGACGGAGCAUUGUGACAUGUAUUAUAUCUGUUGAUUAUGAGUGAUUAUACAUAAAUCAACACUUGCACUUGUACUUCUUUGAUCUUCUCUGUCUCUCUUCCUGACAUUUGCAAAAGCCUGUUCAAUUAUUUUUUUACUCUUUUGUG